UCGCUCGCAGAAAAAUGGCCCGAUUCACCGAAUACUCGAUCCUCGGCCGAUCCCUCCCUACCGAGUCCGAGCCCACCCCCAAGCUCUACAGGAUGAGGAUCUUUGCCCCCAACCAGGUCGUCGCCAAGUCGAGGUUCUGGUACUUUUUGAGGCAGUUGAAGAAGGUCAAGAAGGCCAACGGUGAGAUUGUCGGAGUCAACGUCAUCCACGAGAAGCGACCCCUCAAGGUCAAGAACUUUGGUAUCUGGCUCCGAUACGACUCUCGAUCGGGAACCCACAACAUGUACAAGGAGUUCAGGGAGCUCUCCCGAGUCGGUGCCGUCGAGGCUUUGUACCAGGACUUGGCCGCUAGGCACAGGGCUAGGUUUAGGUCGGUCCACAUCUUGAGGGUCGCCGAGAUUGAGAAGAAGGACGACGUCAAGAGGCCUUACAUCCGACAACUCUUGGAGCCCGGUCUCAAGUUCCCCCUUCCCCACAGGCGCACCACCUCCAAGGGUUGGUUCGCUGCCAACAGGCCCGCCACCUGGGCUUAAGCGGGAUGCUCGAUCGAGCGUCUGGUCUCUUGGCCGGACGCUCGUUUUGGGUCUCUCGAUUUGGCUUUUAGGGAAGAAGAUGGAGUCGAGGAUCGUCCAGACCGGAUGAACCUCGAUGAGAGCAGGGAUGAGUGAGAAGGGGCAAGGAAAAGGGAAACGUCCGGAUUAUAGCGGGGUGGGGGGAAAAGAGAGAUCAGAUCGGUCAUUACAUUACGUCUCUGCUUUUUUUCGUUUGUCCCCGUUUGAGGGCUCUCCCUUUUUUUUGUCUACCUUUUGACUCUGAUCAUGAGCGGAUGGG